UUCAAGAGUACUUUGUUUUCUUGUUAUUUUGUAUGUUCUACAAGUUAAAACAAUAAGAAAAUUAUCAUAAAGAAUAUUUUAGACUAUAUUUUAUAUUACUAUAUUAGCUAAGCAUAUAGAUAUUUUUAAAAUGAAUACAACAUAUCAAAACAAUACAAUAUCAGAAGCACCUCCAACACCUAUUAAACAUAGAAAUGCUGAUCCCAAUACAAGUAUAACAAAUAAAUUGUUACCUCUAGCAGCAUUCUUUAUAGCAUUUGUUACUGUUAUGACAAUUUUAAUAGUUUAUAUGGACCACACAGCAAUGAAGCACUACCAAUUUCAAGUAAAUAUGAGUCAAGAUAAUGAAUUUAGUAGAGUAUCACAGGACAAUCCCCUAUUAAUUACUUAUAUUCGAGAGGUACAUUUAACGCCAGCAAUUGAACCAAAUCACAAAUUAAUUAAUACUGAGGAAACUAUUUCUAAUGACACCCUUUUUGUUAUAAGACUACUAGAAGACAAGCGCAAUGGAGUUUUUGUAGAAGCAGGUGCAUAUAAUGAUGGAAAGAGUUCAAAAACAAAUUGGCUAGAAAAAAAAUUAAAUUGGAGGGGCUUACUGAUACAACCUGACCCAAGACACUAUUUUAGUUUAAAAAGACAUAAUCGUCUUAAGUCACAAGCUAUUCAUGCAUGUGUAAGUCCAAUGCCUUACCCUAAAGAAGUUACUAUGCAUCAGGAAUAUGAUGGUGUAAAAAUAAAUAGUAUUCACGCAAAUAGUAUUGAAGAAAAUGAUGGGUUUAAUACCAGAGUAAAAUGUUUUCCCAUUUAUUCUUUAGUUUUGGCCAUGAAUGUUAGUCAUAUUGAUUAUCUUAGCCUAGAAUCAGGCGGUACAGAAUUGCAAGUUUUAGAAACAAUACCCUUUCAAAAGGUGCAUAUUAAUGUAAUAUCAGUACAUUUAUUGGUAAGUGAUGUAGAAAAAGAGACAAUAAAACAAUUCUUAGCUAUGAAAAACUAUGCAUUUAUUCAAAACUUUAAUUCUACUUACAUAUUUAAAAUAAAGUAGCAACAAUAAUUAAAAACGACAACAUGGAUUUAAAUAGUUUAUUAAAUAG